AUGAAUGGGAGACAUACUUCGGAGUACUCCUCAGACUUAGAGAUGUCACCUUCUGAUAUCAUUGAGAUUGAGGAGUCACCAAUCAAAUCUAAGAAAAAGAAAAAGAAAUCAUUUUCCCUUGAUUCCAGGAAUUACACCUGUAGGUCUUCAUCAAGCAGACGACCUGAACAAGGAAAAACAGCCAUCAAUAUCUCCGAGAUUGAUGAUAGAUCUACUCUCAAUUCAACAAAUAAAAAAACAGAGGGAUCAAACAAGGGUUUGAAAAAUAAAUCAGGUUACAAAGGAAUUAAGAGAAAAGCAUCAUCACCCAAAACAGAAACUGGAAAAUUGACUGAUGACAGUGACUCUAGUGAUGAAGAGCUUCAUCAAAGAAGGUCUUCUACCGGGAAACGGAUUAAACGAGGGUUGGCCAAACGGUUGCACAGAAACACAGACAACAGCCAGGUCAAUCAAGGGGUGCCCAGUGGAUCUGAAUUAGAUAGUCAAGAUGGAUGGUACAGCACAAUAAAAUCCCAAUCACUGUCAUCAUCACAAACUUACAGACAUAUUGGCAGUAGGGAUUCACAUCAACCAAACAGCAAGAUUAGCUCAAGGUUUUCUCAUGACCAACCAAUUUCUAUAUCUACCUCUUCCAGUAUUCCAAAACUGUCCACAGAUGCUAAUGUGUUGAAGCAAGCUAAAGAACCUCUGCAUAAAAAAUGCAUCACUUAUCAGGACUCUGAUCCAAGUUCUGAAGGAUUUGAACCAAUUAUAUCUGAUAAGGGGAUGAAUCAUUUGUCUCCUAGCAGCAGUAGUGAUGAUUUGUUCCUUACACAAACUCCUGCUAAACAAAAACCUAAAGCCAGGAAAAUAGUGUCUUCUGACACCACUGUCGAUAGUGAUGCUACUGUUAAUGAUAGUGAUUCUACAAUUUAUAGUCCAUUACAUCAGAAUGUCCCUGAUAUCCCAGAUCUCACUCUAAAGUUUAUGUCUUCAUCAUCAGAGGAGGAGCUAGACAAAAAAAUGGUGCACCUGGUGAGAAAAAACUCUAAAAGCUCAAAGAAACAAUGUUAUCCUGUAGGGAGACACAGGGAGGACAUUUCUACUAAACACACAACUUCACAUACAGAUAUUAACAGCCUAAACUCUUAUCAUCAUAGGAAUUCUGGAGAAAGUCAAGAAUCAGAAUCCUUGUUUGGGAAGCCGCCAUCCUUGUCACAACAUAUAAAUGAUGAUGACGAUCCAUACAAAUUUCCAUCACAAUCACAAUGUAGAACACAAUCUAUGCCAAGUCUAGAACAGAUGAUUAAUUCCAGCUCCAAGGUUUCGACCAAAUCACCACAAGAUGGUAGGGGAGAGAUCACAGACCAGGACAUUACAACGGAUUCUGAUGUCGAUGUGCCUCUGGCUAGUCUAGCUUUCAACAAAUACAAAGCAUUAAAAGGUCAGUCCUCAGUAAAACGCGAGGUUAGUGAAGUGGAUGAUGAUGGUAACUCUGAGUUCAAUCUUUGGCCACAGUCCGACAAACGUAUCAGAUUAGGUCCUUAUUCUGGAAAUUGCUAUAAAGUCAAAGAAGAGAGUGAACCUGAAACCCAAAAUUAUUCUAUAGGAUCUGAAACGACACACAAGGAAUCUGCAGGACCAGACACAACAUCAAUUGUGGAUGAUAAAAGUAAUAUUAAGGAAAUUCUUGUACCAAAAACAGAACCUCCCUCAUAUGGUUACACACAGGAUUUAGAUGUGGUGUUUGUGGAGGAUUCUGACUCCGACUAUGAAGACAUGUCUCAGAAGAUUGUAGAGAUAAGCAGUGAUGAGGAUGAUGAAUUGCAGGAUUAUGAUGAUGCUGCUGAAUUCAAAGCAUAUUUCAACUUGCCAGAUUGUGAUUCUGAUGACAAUGACUUACAAGUCCGAGGACAUAGAAGAGAUGUAGAUGGAGACACGACUAGCAGCAAUACUGCUAGUAACAUUGACUGGGUAACUUUUGAUAGUGAUGAUGACUUCAGUUAUGGACUUCUUAAUCAGGAUGUCAGUGGUGAUGAUUCAGUAUAUAAUCAUCCCACCCAGAAAGAUACAGAGAACAAAGUGAAAUUUGUUAAAGAAGUGGUGACAUUUGAUGAGAGCGAUGAUGACAAUUAUCCAUAUGGGAUAGCAACACAGGUAGAUAAGGGCAAGCAACUCGACAGGGUGAAAGAUGAGAGGUCUCAUGAUGAUAUGGACAGUCUCUAUACUGCAGACACACAGCUUGAUGAUGUGGACUCAAAUGGGGAGAAUGCGAGGUGUCAUGAUGAGAUGGACAGUCUCUAUACUGCAGACACACAGCUUGAUGAUGUGGACUCAAAUGGGGAGAAUGCUAGGUGUCAUGAUGAGAUGGACAGUAUUUACAGUGCAGAAACACAGCUAGAUGAUGACCAGAGGCCUGAUGUAUACAUUGAUGUUGAUGGUAUAGAUGAAGAAAAAGUGGAUGUGAAGGUGGAGAUACUAGACAUAGCAGACACUGGCAAGGAAGUUUCAGAGAUUGACCCAUUUGAUUUGUGUAUGCCAGUAAUGAGGAGCAAUUUAGAAUCUAAUGUCAACCAACAAUUCAAAUCUUAUCGUACAGACUGGUCAAACAAGUCUGAAAAAAAACUAAAAUCUCAGAGUUUGAAGAAGUCAAAUAAAAGUCAGACUGUUACUAGCAGUCAUGAAAGACUUUAUGAAGAUAAUGUUUACACAGUGCAGACUCAGGUAGAUGGUGCUACCAUCAGAGGAGCAGGUGACUAUGAGGAUGAUAUCUUCACAGCACAGACACAGAUAGAUGGCACUAUCAACAGUGGAACAGAUGACAAUGGGAAUGAUAUCUUCUCAGCGCAAACACAGGUAGAUGGCCCUGUUAACACCAGUGGAACAGAUGACGAGGAUAUUUACGCAGCUCAGACACAGGUAGAUGGUUCUGCUGUCAUCAAUGGAACAGAUGACGAGGAUAUUUACACAGCUCAGACACAGGUAGAUGGUUCUGCUGUCAUCAGUGGAACUGAUGACGAGGAUAUUUACGCAGCUCAGACACAGGUAGAUGGUUCUGCUGUCAUCAGUGGAACAGAUGACGAGGAUAUUUACGCAGCACAGACACAGGUAGAUGGUUCUGCUGUCAUCAGUGGAACAGAAGACGAGGAUAUUUACACAGCUCAGACACAGGUAGAUGGUUCUGCUGUCAUUAGUGGAACUGAUGACGAGGAUAUUUACACAGCUCAGACACAGGUAGAUGGUUCUGCUGUCAUCAGUGGAACAGAUGACGAGGAUAUUUACGCAUCACAGACACAGGUAGAUGGUUCUGCUGUCAGCAGUGGAACAGAAGACGAGGAUAUUUACGCAGCACAAACACAAAUUGACGGUGGUCUCAUUAGCGGAACAGAGGAUGAUAUUUAUGCCGCUCAAACACAAGUUGAUAGGACUCAUAUAUUUACAAGUGAGAAAGGUGAUGACUCUUCUGCUGCGUACACAUCUGUUCCAUGUAAGAAGCGGAAAUUCCAUUUUGAUAGAGGAAAAAUGAGGAACCAGGUUGAGAGAGCCAGAUUUCAGAUAGAACAUAAGAAAGACAUUAGUGGGACAACAGCAGGGAUUUUGCAGUUGAAUCGACUUCUAUCAGGUGAGGAAGUAUCUGCAGAUCAGAAGAGGAGUGCAGACUUUGACUCCUUCUUAGCUACAAAACAGAAGGACAGAGUUGGUGACGCCUACUUGGAUGGGAUACAGAUGGACAGAGAAGGGGAUUCCUCCAGAAAAGAGGACAGUAGCGACGUGUAUAUGGCUGAAACACAAAUAGACAAUAUUAUAAUUAGUAGAGCUGAGGAGGAGGACAGAGGGAAAACACAUGUCAGCAGUAAAACUAUUACCGGACAUAAAAACACCCCCGUUAACUCUGAGGAGCAGAUGGACACAGAGUCGUAUGAUGUUGAGGCACAAUAUGAUCUACCUAGUCCAAACUCUACAUUACCGAUACCAAAAGAAAAACAUAUACAGAGAGAAAAAUCUAUUGUCAGCUCCAUAGAUAAAAUUCGGUUUAAAAAUCUUAUUCCUAUUAAGAAAACAGUACUGCCAACAGAACCUCAGAGAUUGAAAAACAGAUGUGAAAAAUCAGAAUCAUUUAGGAUAGAGAAAUCAACCUUUUACUCAAAAAAGUCAGGAAAGGUUCCUUAUCAGAAUUCUGCUAGUAAGAAGCUUACCUCCAGUAUGGAUGGAUGGCUGUCUACUGCCAGGUCUUCGAAGUCACGGGUUCAACCUGAAACGAAAAGGUCAAGGUCUAAAAAGCAGCCAAAAGAACAACUGGACAACUCACAACAGAUAAAGGCAAAGAUGUCGAAGGCUAGAGCUCAGAUGUCUAGUCGCCAGCAAAGCAGUGUUAAACCAACAGCUCAUCGAAAAACAUCUAUCUCAG